AUGCCUGCCCCCGCUGGUACUAAGCGCGUGAGAGGCGUACAGGUUUAUCGUCCGUUCAUUUAUGGAACAGAAGCUCUGCCUUUUGACCCUGAAACUCGCCCCAAGGAUGCGCCGGCCGAUCACACUCACAAGUGGAAAGUCUUUGUCCGCGGUAUUAAUGGCGAGGACAUUUCCUACUGGCUGAGAAAGGUCCAAUUUAAACUGCACGAUACCUACGCCAACAGUAUCCGCAUGAUUGAGAGCCCGCCGUUCGAGGUUGAAGAGACGGGUUGGGGAGAAUUCGAGAUUGCUAUCAAAUUCUACUUCGUACCCGAGAGCAACGAAAAGCCACAGCAGAUUUGGCAUGGUCUCAAACUACACCCUUACCUUGGCGAUGUUGAACAGCAGAAAAGAGACCGUGCCUUGAUCUCUAGUAUGUGCUACGAAGAAGUCUUGUUCAAUGAACCCGUUGAGGCGUUCUAUGAUCUCUUGACGGGAGGUGGCCGGGUUUCCAAAUCCAAGGGAAAAGGGGCCAAAGCAGCGGCCAGUAAACCUCCACCGACUGCCGAAAUUCCUAUCAAAAGCAGUCCUGGCAAUAAAUUCAGCCGCGAAGAGGAGGGCAAAGAAUUGGAUCGGUUAGGUGAGGCCGUCAAGCAGGUGAAGACACUGGAGGAUGAGGAGAAGGCCAAGAAUCUCACGCUGGAAGCCAGGCUUCAGGAAUUGCAAGAAACCGAAGGGAAGCCGACCAAGAAGAAAUGA